AUGGAGAUUCGCCCCGUGGGCGCGCCAGUGAUGUCCGGGUCGUCUGAGUCGCCUGAUUCCCACCAGCCCGCCCCGCCCCGUAAACGAGUACGCCGCUGGCACCACCGAGGAUUCACAGGCUGUUCUACCUGUCGUCGCCGUCAUGUUCGCUGCGACGAAGCUUCCCCCUCCUGCAAAAACUGUACGAGGCUGGGACUCGAGUGUGAUGGGACGCAGGGCCGAAUGACCUUUAAGGUCUAUGGCCCCACACAAACCCAGGAACCACCGCCAACAAAAGCACCCAAGAAGCGGAAGAAGAAAGAGUCGAAUCCAAGCCAGCCGAUUCCGGGUACGGGAACCCUCAUUAUAAAGAAGGAGGAAGUGCAUGAGCCAUGGGAAGCUGUUGUGGUUUCGCCGACUACUUUACCGCAACAAUCGCAGGUCAAAUUUUGUUACCACGAACCGAUGCCGGCAAACCGCGUGCCCGCGUGUGUUCAAACCACGGAUGAUCGCUACUUCACCCAUUUUAUCGACCAGGUGUCCACCCUCCUUAUUAUUUACGAUAAUUCUAUCAACACCAAUCCUUAUCGAAGGCACUUUCCUGAUUUCGCGCGCUCGUCCCCUUCCAUGGUGGGUGCCAUGGAAGCUUUGGGCGCGUUACAUUUGGCCAAUACUUCUGCUGGGCGGCAGCGCAUUUCGCAUAUCCAGCAGGCGAUGAGUAAAUAUGGUGAAGUCGUACAAAUUUUCCGGAGCCGGUAUGCUCGGCCGAGCCAACAACUAGGAAUGACCGACUUUGCUACUUGUUUAUUGCUCUGUCUUUUCGAGAUGAUGGACUCCCAAAACCAUAACUGGGCCGUGCAUCUUAAGGGUGCCCGUGAGAUCUAUAACCUUCUUUUCUACCCCCACACUGGCGGUACCUCCACUCGCGAAGAUCAGAGGAUUGCUGAGUCCAAUCAUCCUCUGCGAUCAUUCCUUGUGUCUUUGCUGUCCUACCUCGAUGUGGCUGGUGCAUGUGCUACCCCCGGUGGUACCGUUGUCGAAGGGAAUUAUUGGAAGACCCUUGGAGGCGGAUGGGAAUACAACCUAGGGACACCUAGCUUAUCAUCAUCCACAAUGCCCGACAAUCCGCGCUUAGUUGAAUUGCGACACGCAUGGUCAGGAAUGAUGGAGGUUCAGACAUCGAUUAGUCUUCUCGCUCGUGAUAAACAAUGGAUGCCCCCCGACCAGCAAGACAUGGUUUAUAAAGAUAUUUUCAACCGAUUGGUGGUGUGGCGGGCUAGCACGCCAAUUAGCCUCCAGCUCCUGGGUGAUAUGGAACUCGACGAUGAAAGUCUGCGCCAAUUUCCUUUCCCCGAUAUGUUGGAGUAUGUUGGAUGCGUUGAGGCUUAUGAGAAGGCGACCUUCGUGCAUCUACAUCAAAUUGCUGGUACGGGUCGACCGAAUUGGAUCACUGAUCGAACUUACUUGGAUAUGCUCAUCACCCGCAUUCUCACCUUGAUCCGCAAGUUAUCCAAGGGCGUUGGCCAAUUAGCCGUUCUAUGGCCCCUCUUCAUCGCUGGACAGGAAACGCGCAAAAAAGACGAACAACAAUACGUUCGCCAAACAAUGGAGGAGUUGAAGCGUUUUGGCUUCAAAAAUGUCGACAAGGGCUUAGAACUACUAGAGGGAGUGUGGUUCAAACGACGGGCUUUCCCUGAAGGUUGGACCGAGACAUUGGAUGAAAUUCAGUCGAAUAUUCUCCUACCCUGA